CCCCUCACUUUCCCUCCUCUUCUCUGCUGCUCACUGUACUAACCAAAAACCAUAGUUUGGGGGUACCAACUUGUGUGCGUGUACGCAGUGUGUGUGUGUGUGUGUGUGUAUAUAUAUAUAUAUAGAGAGAGAGAGAGAGAGAGAGAGACGGCUAUGGCUACGGCUUACGUAGGAGAAUCUGAAUUCUCCGCGAAGAAGAAGAAUGCUGAAGCUCCGGAUAUUGUGGAGGACUCUGACUCCAUUGACAAAAAGAUCCAAAUAGAGAAAAACCCCCCAAAAGACCAAACUAACCUCAGAUCCUCACCCUGACGAUUCUAAUAACAGAAACAGAAUGAAUCGAGAUGAAAAAGGCUUUGGACAUCAUCACUGGUGACAAUGAGGACGAGGAGAAGUGCCAUCACUGCUUCCGAGAUUGGAGAGCCGAUGAUGAAUCUCACUAAGAGGAAAAAGAAGAUGAAAUACGAGAAAAUUGAGGGGGUGAAACCCGAGGACGACACCCCUAACGCAGUCUCCAGUUUCAGGAUUUCAAACCCAUUGAAGGAGGCAUUGAAGGAGAAGGGGAUCGAAUCACUGUUUCCGAUUCAGGCUAUGACGUUCAACGCCGUUCUCGAUGGCUCUGAUUUGGUUGGCAGAGCGCGCACUGGCCAGUCUUACCCAUACUGGAAUCAUUGACAAAUGGGCCUACAAGAGCAUCGAGAAAGACUGGAUAUGGAAGGGCGCCCAGUGUUCUUGUGCUUUUACCCACUAGGGAACUGGCCACGCAGGUGUUUUCUGACUUUGAGGUCUAUGGUGGAGCAUUAGGGUUGAAAUCGUGUUGUCUGUAUGGGGGUUCUCCCUACCAGCCACAACAUGUUCAAUUGAAAAGAGGUGUCGACAUAGUAGUUGGCACUCCUGGUCGCAUUAAGGAUCAUAUAGAGAGAGGAAAUAUUGACCUGAGUGCAAUAAUAUUCCGAGUACUUGAUGAGGCUGAUGAAAUGCUGAGGAUGGGCUUUGUUGAAGAUGUUGAACUUAUUCUAAGCAAGGUAAGGGAUGCAAGCAAAGUCCAAACGCUUCUUUUUAGUGCCACUUUGCCAGACUGGGUGAAGCAUAUUGCAGCUAAAUUUCUCAAACAAGAUAAGAAAACUGCUGAUCUUGUUGGGAAUGAGAAAAUGAAGGCCAGCACCAAUGUGAGGCAUAUUGUUCUGCCUUGCUCUAGUUCAGCCAGAUCCCAACUUAUUCCUGAUAUCAUUCGCUGCUAUAGUAGUGGCGGUCGAACUAUUAUUUUUACGGAAACCAAGGAUUCUGCUUCUAAGAUGUCCGGAUUACUACCUGGAGCCUGUGCUUUGCAUGGGGACAUACAACAGGCUACACGUGAGGUCACACUUUCUGGAUUCAGGUCUGGGAAAUUUUCAACACUUGUGGCCACAAAUGUGGCAGCACGUGGAUUGGAUAUCGAUGAUGUCCAGCUAAUUAUUCAGUGUGAGCCACCUCGUGAUGUAGAAGCAUACAUACAUCGGUCUGGAAGAACAGGGAGAGCAGGGAAAACUGGCAUUGCAGUAAUGCUUUAUGAUCCGAGGAAGUCAAAUUUCUCUAAGAUAGAAAGAGGAUCGGGGGUAAAAUUUGAACACAUAUCAGCUCCACAGCCAGCUGAUAUAGCUAAAGCUGCUGGUGCAGAAGCUGCUCAAAAAAUCGCUGAGAUCUCUGAUAGUGUCAUACCGGUAUUUAAGGCUGCUGCUGAAGAGCUACUGAACUCAUCUGUUCUAUCCCCAACGGAGCUACUGGCGAAGGCACUGGCCAAGGCUGCUGGUUAUACUGAGAUCAAGAGUCGGUCACUUCUCACUUCAAUGGAGAACUAUGUUACUGUCCUCCUCCAGUGUGGACGGCCCAUUUACACACUAUCCUUUGCUUACGGGGUUCUACGGAGAUUUUUGCCUGAAGAGAACGUGGAAUCAAUUAAGGGUCUUGCUUUGACUGCGGAUGGGAAGGGUGCAGUGUUUGAUGUGGCUGCUGCAGAUUUGGACAACUUCCUUGCUUGUAAGAAAAAUGCUGCUGGUAUAAAGCUAGAGGAAGUGAAAUCAUUGCCACGUUUGCGAGAAAGAGACCAAGCAAGAGGGGGGAGAUUUGGAAGUGGUGGACAGGGCGGAUUCUCUAGCGGAAGAGGUGGCUUCUCUGGUGGAAGAGGUGGAGGUGGUGGACGUGGCAGCUUCUCAGAUAGGAAAGAUGGUAGGUUCUCCGGUGGCAGAGGCGGAAGAGGAGGAUUUUCUGAUAGGCGAAACGAUAGAUUCUCAAGAGGUCGAGGUGGUGGAAGAGGUUGUGGAAAUAACAACCACAACUGGUGAAGCAUUCUGUAAUAGUUUAUCAGAACCUUCAACCGAUUGACAGACAACAAUAGCAUGCCCAGGGCAUAUAAAUCUUGACGAUUAUGACAGAAGUGCUUUAUUUUUCUUGUUGAUGUUAUAUAUAUCUGUUAGUGUAAUCAAAUGAACAAUAGUCUCUGCCUUGGUGCA